AAACAGGAAAAUGAAGCCAAAAGAUGAUAAAAAAAAAAAAAAAAUUAACUUUCUCGUCACUGAAGAUACAUUUUCCCAUUUUUUUCACUUCCUCGUGUGCCUCCUACCAGGCCUGUGAGGAAUAAAAUUAAACUCAUACUGCACGAAUUGUGAGACAAACCAGGAUAAAAGUUCCCCCAAAAAAUGUUAAAUAAAUAGAGGAAAAGAGGAAGAGAAGAGAGGAGGGGAGGACAGAGAGAAAGAAAAGGGGGGUACACAAAAUCAGGAGAAAAAAAAAAAAGGAGGGAGGCAGUGAGUAAAGGAGGGAGCAAAUCCGAAGGGAGGAGUCAAGCGAGGGAAGGAGCAGCUGGAGUCCCACACUUCGCCCUCUCUCUCUUCUCCUCGAAAUAAGCGCACUAAAUGUAAUAACAACUCUCCAUGCGCUUCUCUGACGCUUCUGUCGGGCUUGGGUUUGUUUUUUUUUUAAAAACGCGCGUCUGCGGGUCGGCAGAUAUCACCGGGGCAGGCUGAUGGUGUUGGUCCGGCGGUGGUUGAACACAGCAAACUGUGAGAAGGAGGAGGAGGAGAAAGACAGGCGAGAGGAAAAACUCUGGCAGCGCCGUUUUGGAGUUGGAGUUGCAGCGUAAAAGAAAAAAAAAAAAAAAGAAAAAGUCCCAGGCAACUCCAGAGAGGCACAUCUGCAACUUAGCGAGGAGAAGAGGACGAAGAAAGAAGACGCAUCACUUCUUUUUUUUAUUAUUAUUUUUAUUUUUAAUCCUCUGUCAAGACUUUGAAAGAAGUGGAGGGGAAUCAACCCAGAAACAAUUCUCCCGUCUCCAUGAGGUGUUGAGGAAUGAGCGAUCGCCAUGGAAACCCAGUCCCAGGCCAGUUCAGCAGCUGAGAAGAAGAAGAGGGUGGAGACCAUCGUGGCUACCAAGGGCUCGUCAGCACGCAAUGACAUCAGCGAGAAGGCGGUGGCCUCCAGCACCACCUCAAACGAGGACGAGAGUUCCGGCACGCCUUACCACCGUGAGAGGCGUAAUGCCAUCAGCUCCCAGGCUCCGGUGCCCGGCGGCCCCGACAGGAACGUGAGCGAGGAGCCCUCCACCUCCACGGAAGAACGCCCCUCCCUGCUCAAGAAGGAGCUGCACAGUUCCCUGCCUCACCUGGCCGACCAUGCUCUGCCGUACCGGGGCACUCUGUUCGCCAUGGACCCCCGCAACGGCUACCUGGACUCCCACUACCCUGCACCACAGUUCUUCCCCACCUUCCAUCCUCCUGUGCCGAUCGACGACAGACAUACCCAGGGACGCUACAUCUACGAGCCUUCCCCUGUGCCGCCUCUUCACGUACCUCCUGGGCUAGCGGGCAGUCCAGCCUUCUCCGACAUCUCCCUCAUCCGGAUCUCGCCCCAGCGGAACCCCUCUGUGGGGGCGGAGUCGCCCUUUCACCCUCCGCACCCCUACAUCAACCCAUACAUGGACUACAUCCGCUCGCUCCACAGCAGCCCCUCCAUCUCGGUUCUGUCAGCCACCCGGGGCCUCAGCCCUGCAGAUGCCCCUCACACAGGUCUGACCACGGCUGAGUACUACCACCAGAUGGCUCUGCUGGCGGGCCACCGCAGCCCCUACGCGACCGACCUGCUCCCCUCUGUGGCCGCUACAGCCGGCGCCACCAGCGCCAGCGCCCUGCACAUGGAGUACCUGCAGGCGAUGGAGAGCUCUCGCUUCUCGAGCCCGAGGCUUCCAUCGCGGCCCAGCAGGAAGCGCCCGCUGCCCAUCUCGCCCCUCUCCGAGCACAGCUUCGACCUGCAGACGAUGAUCCGCAACUCGCCCAACUCCCUCGUCACCAUGCUCAACAACUCCCGCUCCAGCUCCUCCACCAGCGGCUCCUACGGUCACCUCUCUGCUGGCGCCAUCAGCCCAGCGUUAAGCUUCGCCUACCCUCCAACGCCGGUGGCCCUGCACGUGCACCAGCAGCUGAUCGGCCGCCAGCCGGGCAUCGUGGGCUCCGCCUUUGGCCACAGUCCGCCCCUCAUCCACCCAUCGCCAACCUUCGCCACCCAGAGGCCCGUACCUGGCAUCCCCCCCUCCGGGCUCAGCGCCAGCGAGCGCUCAGCCAUCUCCAACGACUCCUCACAGGCCAAGCCGACGAGUGAAUCUGCGGUGAGCAGCACAGGAGACCCGAUGCAUCACAAACGCUCCAAAAUGAAACCAGAGGAAGAGUUGCCGAGCCCGGGCGCAGUGAGCGUACAGGAUCACCCUGAUGGGAUGACCCUGGUGAAGGAGGAAGGGGACAAAGAUGAGAGCAAACAGGAACCGGAGGUGGUUUACGAGACAAACUGCCACUGGGAGAACUGCUGCCGCGAGUUUGACACACAGGAGCAGCUCGUACAACACAUCAAUAAUGACCACAUCCACGGGGAGAAGAAGGAGUUUGUGUGUCGAUGGGAGGAAUGCUCCCGAGAGCAGAAGCCAUUCAAGGCGCAAUACAUGCUGGUGGUCCACAUGCGGAGGCAUACUGGGGAAAAGCCCCACAAGUGCACAUUUGAGGGCUGUGCCAAGGCCUACUCUCGUCUGGAAAACCUUAAGACUCACUUACGAUCCCACACUGGAGAGAAACCUUAUGUGUGUGAACAUGAAGGCUGCAACAAGGCCUUUUCCAACGCAUCAGAUCGGGCAAAACAUCAGAAUCGCACACACUCAAAUGAGAAACCGUAUGUGUGUAAAAUCCCAGGCUGCACGAAACGCUACACGGACCCAAGCUCCUUACGCAAGCACGUGAAGACGGUGCACGGUCCAGAGGCGCACGUUACCAAGAAGCAGCGUGGAGAUUACCCACGCCCUCCGCCUCAACCUCGGGAGCCUGGGAGCAAUGGUCAGGGCCGGUCGCCAGGGCAACUGCCCCUGGGUGGGUAUACGGACCAAAGGGAGUACAACCAUGCUACCUCAAAACAGGACGAAUGUCUGCAGGUCAAGUCCAUCAAGACAGAGAAGCCCAUGACGUCUCAGCCAAGCCCUGGCGGUCAGUCUACAUGCAGCAGUGACCAGUCCCCAAUCAGCUUCUAUCCCAGCAGUGGAGUCCAGCUUGCUGUGAGCGCCGGACGCUCGCCAGGGGAGGGGCUGGAGGAGAACGAGGAGAAAGAGGAAAAUGACGAGGAGGCCGACGAGGAGUGUGAGGGUGAGCCAGCCCCCAUCAUGGACUCCACUGUCUCCACGGCAACCACGGCCAUGCUGACCCUGCAGGCGAGGCGAAGUGUUGGCCGCCCUCUGCGCUGGAUGGAGCACAUCAAGAUGGAGAGGUUGAAGCAGGUGAAUGGAGCACUGCCCAGACUGGGGCCCCUGUCCCCUACACCGCCCCCAAAAGCUUCCACACUACCCAACAUCCUGGGGAAGGGAUCCUGUCUGGGCAGGCAGUGGGGGGUGUCUGCUCCUCAGCCACCUGUUCAUGCUGAGCUGAGCAGCACAGAGCUAACAGUGCUUAAUCUGCUCCGAGACCGGCGUGACAGCAGUGGCAGCGCCACCAGUUCAGCCUACCUGAGCAGCAGUCGGCGCUCCUCAGGCAUCUCCCCCUGCUUCUCCAGUCGACGCUCCAGCCAGGCUUCCCAGAGUGAGGGUACGAUGGCAGCCUCCCACCACCGCCGCCUCCACAACCUUAGCUCCACCGACUCUUAUGACCCUAUAUCUACCGAUGCCUCCCGCCGGUCCAGCGAGGCAAGCCACUAUGGAGGUGGCACAGGAGGAGGGGGUGGAGGGAUACUCUCAGGUGGGGGCUGUGGUGGUGUAGGGGGAGUCAGUAUAGGAGGAGGAGGGGGGUCACGAGGGAUGCUCAAUUUAACCCCAGCGCAACACUACCACCUGAAAGCCAAGUACGCAGCAGCAACUGGCGGCCCACCUCCCACACCUCUACCCAACAUGGAGCGCAUGAGCUUGAAGACUCGCAUGGCCAUGAUGGAUGAGGGCGGUAGCAACCACUCUUUGCCACCUCUAGUCAGGCCACAUCGCUGCAGUGAUAGCACCAACGGGUACACCAAUGGGUAUAUGGGGCAUGCAGGUUAUAGGAGGAGGGUCCUCUACCCUGGUGAGGGACCACUGAAUGGCAACCGGAGGGCCAGUGAUCCAAUUCGGACACAGGCUUCUGAUAUGUGCAGUCUGCCUCCAGUGCAACGCUUCAACAGCCUUAACAACCUCCACCCUCUUCCACCUCUGUCUCAUCAGUCUACACCUGAAACUCGCAACUUUAGCUUACAGAACUAUACACGCUCAGAGGGCAACCUGCAGAGAGGCUUGCAGCACUCACCAUACACCCCUAGCAUCGCAGAACAUGCAGCCUUAGAAGCCCUGGCCAUGGAGGAUGAUGGGGAGGCUUGCCUGUUGCUUGGGGAUGAGGAUAUGCUACCAGAUGACCUGGUGCAGUAUCUCCACUCCCAGGUUCAGGUGGAUGGUGGCUCCUACAUGCACAUUGAGGACCAAUUAGCAUCCAGCCAAAGGGACACCUCCAUUCCAUCAAUGGAGGAAAUAGACCAGAUCCAGACUUCAGGGUUGAAUAUGGCCUUCCCUGGGUCCCACAGUCACCAGAACAACCCGAUGGGAGAGCGGAAGAGCCCUAGUAAGCUUCCCAUCCAGUGGAAUGAAGUGAGCUCGGGGAGUGCUGACAGGUCUCCUCAGAGGGAACUAAACCACCAGCCACAGUGUGGAAGGUGGUCGAGCUCAGAACAUGGACCUGUAUCUGCACCUUUUGGCAGGUUUGGAAACAUGAUGGUUCAGCAACAAGUGCCCCAUGAUUUCCAGAACAGUUGUGCCCAGGCUAAUCAGUCUCAAAGUGCUUGCUGUGUCAACCCUGCAGUGAAGCUAGAAACAUCGCCUAACUCCUGCAUGGAGAUGAGAGGUACUGGUCACAACUCUACAAACGUCUUCGGAAGGUUGAACUUCUCACAGGUCAUUGAUGGGCCUCUUCCGCAGGGCUUCAAACAGAUGGCCUCCAAUGGACCUCAAAAACAGAGCCACUUCCAGAAGAACCACAACAGUAGCACCUCUUGCCAGGUUGGGAACAACCUACUUCUUAGCAGGGUCUCUAUGGACAGCCUACCCAGCCUCUCCCAGGGAACUGCUCUUCAUCACAAUCGGCAGGUCCAUGCCCCUCGUCCACCAAUCAACAGUUACAGGAACUUAGUCAGGACCCAGCAGUACCUCAAUCCCGAGAACUCCAGUGAAAUCCAGGCUAGUCUCAACCAGCAGCAACAACUGCAGAGAAGUGGGGACCAAUGUUCCCUUGCGCAUCAGGUAUCUGGGCUGAAACUGGAGGCCCCAGACCAUGGAUACUUAGAGCAGGGCUUCAGUGACUGCCUCACUUAUGAACCAGCAGAUCACAAGGCCUCCGCGUUUCCUGUCCUGGAGGACCAGUGCUUACUGGACUCCAUGGCUGAGUCUGUGGGACAAGGUGGUGGCGGUGGCAGUGAGAACUCGGUUGCCCUUCUUUCCCCUGGAGCAGACCAGGUGACCAGCACAGUGGACGGCAGUGUGCCUGUUGUAUUAGAUGAGGGGGUCAGUCUGGACUUUGGUGUCAUGCUGGAGGAUGGCUUCGACCAGGGUAGCCUGGUCUCAGGGGUGUUGAGUCCUUCCAUCUUCCAGGGUCUGUCCAGGACCUCAUCACGCCUGACCACCCCUCGAGCAUCCGCGGCCUUCCACAGUGUGGCACCUGGCCUGAACAACAUGGCGAUCGGAGACAUGAGCUCUCUCCUCACCACACUUGCUGAGGAGAGCAAGUUCCUGGCUAUCAUGCAGUAGCUGCUCUCUCUCUCUCAGCUUUCUCCUCCCUUAGGAAAAAAGGAAAAAAGGAAGAGGAAAAACUCUGGUGUUUAGCAGAGGAAAUGGGGAGUAUCCUGGGGCCAAUAAAGAAUUGACUUUGAGAGCAGGGAUUCCCAGGCCCUGGGUAGAGGCCAGACAGAUCUGGCUCGGAGCGGAGCUUCACGGGCCCGGCGCACUGCCCCUCCGCCAGAAGAGCCACUUUGCUCUUUUAUAACUGACUACAAAUGUUUGUAUGGUUUUAAUAAAAAUGGAAAUUAUA